UGCCCACAAAGAGCGGGUCCAUUGCUGUUAUAGUUACUCGUCACUGGCCUCCUCACAAAGCGCAGCUCGGAUAUCCAACUUGAGCUGACCUGAUGUAAUCCACAAAGUCAUUUCAUUCUUUGGUCGACAAGGUCUCGACCGAUCACUUCAUUCUCUCUUCGUCUCUCUUCGAGCGCUCAUCCGCUUGCGCGACUGUCCAGACCGGGGAAUUAUUAUAUAUUAGUAUACGUUAAUGUUGCGGUGAGAAAGCAUUGUCGGAGGACUCUGUGGAUGUCAAGCUGUUCACUGGAAGGUAGAAAGGCGAAUAAAAUCGCGCGGAGAAGCUCUCGCACGAUUGUUUACCCUUUACCGGGCACAGAGCAGCACCGUUGCGCAGUCUUUACGCACAACCAAAGCGCGGACUUGGGGUGGGGGGGCGUCUGUCUGUCCCAAAAAAUGUCAGCAGCAACAGCUUCAAUAGCAGAUGUGUCCAGGACUGAUUUUACAAACAAAGAUGACAGUCGUGACCGGAAUAAGUCAGGUCAGAACCAGGCUCAGUGCACACCCAUGCCCCUGCCGGCCCUGGGCACCCAAAGAAUCAUCCAGGGCAAUGGCACGACUGUGGGCACAGUCAUUUCCCUGCAGUGCCCAGCCAAACACAAACUGGUUGGAAGUGAGCUAAUGUGUGUCUUGGGCGCCAACAGCACCCAAUGGGUGGGAGAGAACUACUGUACACCUCUGUCUCCCUAUGAGGACUAUGGUUUCCGUGUGGCUAUGCUGGCAUCCAUCGUAAGCUUGGCCAUAAUCUUCUUCAUGUCUGUUGCCUUCAUCACCUGCUGUUUGCUCGACUGCAUCAAAAAGGACAAAACGCAUGACAGGGAGUCAGAUAUGUGGUAUUGUGAGGAGCAGGCCCAACAUCAGGAGGACAACAGCAGGUCUCGCAGCAGCCAUAAAGGCAGGAACAACAACAACAACAAUACCCAGGAGAAGGUGCUUUCCCUGUGGGACACCGAUUACUCAGCCAUGUGUGACAACAUGCAAGCCUGCAGAUGUCAUCAGCAGUUCGCCUAUAGUGCUGACUGCACAUAUGGCCGCACUCCUCUGCUUUCUCCUCUCCCCGGCUAUAACCAGCCUCUCUUACUCCGAAAUUUAGAAUCUGCACAGAUCUCUGGUCCACCUGAAUACAACAGACCUCCUCAGUCCUCCAGUCAAACUAUGAACCCAGAUCACCAGAUCUCAGCAAUGGGGCCUGGUGUGGUGUGGCAGUAUGGAGGACAGCGGAGCAGUUUGUCAGGAGUGAACCCAUCAACCACAGAUGAGUCCAACACGAGGAAUAAUAACCCUGCCAAAGACUUUUCCAUUCGGAUUAUAUCAGUGUGAGGACACAUUACACAGGAGGUGAAUACCAUGAGUCAAGAACUUGUUUACUGGCCAAAUAUGGUGGUCUGUACGAUGAGGACUAUGGGAAGUAAUAACUGAACAUUCCUUGUCUUGUUUAAAUUAUAACGUCUGCAGUUCUGCACAGUAUAAAGGCUCUAUAGGCAUACUGAUCUGACAGAUAGAUUAUGUGCCUUUUGUAAACUGUAAUGGCACACCGCCCUCUGUCUGAAAAAGGGAGCCAUUGCACUUUUAGGACAUCAGACUUGUUGGAUGACACUCCAUGUAAUUAGAAGGUCAAGGGACAUUCAUGCCCUCAAUUGAGCUUUGCAGAAACCAAUAUCAAAUUGUUAUGUUUUGGUUAAAGUUAACAAUUAAGGUGUUUUCUUUAGUUCACAAUACAUUGUAGACAGCUAAGGAAGUGGUCUGAGAAACUCAUCCAGGCCUCGAAAGUUUGUUUUGUCUAGUAAGGAGAGCUGCUUGAAAGCACAGUU